CACACACACACACACACACACGGAGGAGGUGGAGGAGGAGAGAUCACCGCAUCCGCCGCUCUCACCGACGAGUCCGUCCGUCAGUCAGUCCUCACUUGGCAUGGACACCGGAGGAGCGCGCUGACCAAUCCAGGAACCAUGCCUACUGUCCUCAGUGGCAAAGGGAAACUUUCCGUUGUGUGUUUUCUACUCCGAUGCGCGUAUUCUCAGGUAACACGAAGCCAACACAACAGCUGUGCCAAAGAUAUUCUGGAGGACAUGACUCAGUCCUGGCCGUCCCAGCAAGCCUUAGGGGGUGACCAGGCCCAACGGAUCCUCUACAACUCUAAGGAGGCAAAACUACCAAGUACACACCAAAGGCAAAGUCGGGGGGAUGUUCAGCUGCGAAUGACCCGACGCCCUCACGUGGCACCUCACAAAUCGAUGCUCGCUGAUGACCUGAAGCUGAGCAGUGACGAUGAGGACACUCAGCGGGUAACUCAUGAGUCGUCUUCCUGGGAUGGACACAGCCUGUCAGCACAGCGAGCGCACACACAUGGCAGACGGGUGAGACAUUCCAGCUCCGACUCUUCGGCCUCUGACUGCUCCGCCGAGUCCGCCCGCAGCAGCAGCAGCAGCAGCAGCAACCUUCACUCCAGGAGCCCCAGCCGGAGUCCAGAAGUUAACCCGGAUCCACCGUCGCCCGCCAACACAACACGGCCGCCGUGCAACAGCAAGGAGACUGACCGCCCCUCUGCUGCCCAUUGGCAGUUGGAUAAAUGGCUGAAGAAAUCCCAGAAAAAAUCUUCCAGGAGUGAACAGGAAUCCUCCCAGAGCAUUCCAGGACGCCUUCCUUCUCCCCACACCCAACGAGCCCCAUCUCCAGCAAGGUCCUGGGACAGCAAUCAGGAAUACAGCCCCAGCCAAAGCCCCAUUCCUAGCCCACAGUUCCAUUACAGCAACAACAACAGCCCUUUACCCAGCCCCGGUUAUAGCUACUGUCCCAGUCCCAGCCCAUUCCCCAGCACCUGCCCAAGUCCCAGCCCUAGCCCGAGGCACAGCCUGAUCCUAAGUCCGGUUCCAAGUGUUUGUCCCAGUCCACGUGGGAGCCCGGGAGCCAGCCGUAGCCCUAGUCCUAUACCUAGGGGCCCUCCAAGAAGCCCCAGUCCCAGCUUACCUGCUCCUUCCAGGGUUUGUCACUACCCUGAGGUUCAGAGUCAGAACCAAACACAACCUAGCCUAACAACCAAUGCCCACAGGACAAAAAAUAGGUCAUGGAUUGCCCCGCCGCCUAACACCGAUACCAAGUGCAAGCCUGCGAACAGUACUCACCUUCAGACGCCUCAUCAACACCGGCCCAAGGCUCAACUCACACAGAAACAAGACCAAAGCCAAAGCAAACCCAAGGCUCCUGCUGCGUUAAACUCAAAUCAGAGCAACAGCCACAAGUCUAGACCCAAGCCUAACUUCCAUUCAGGUUCUAAACAGCUCUCCGAGGCUCCCAAAGCCAAACACGUGCCACAGUUUGAGCAAAUCCAGAGUAGCAGAUCUAACCAAAACUCCAACCACAAGCUCAGGCCUUCGUUUCAGUCUAGCUCACAACACAGUCCCACAAGGGCAAAGCACUUAGCUCCCACAAGCCGUGAACCUAACCCUGGCCAUAGUUCCCAUUCCCAAUCUCCCUCUAAAAGUGCUGCUAAUUCUAAUACAGGGUUGAACUCUAGAUCAAACCCUAGCCUAAAACCUCCAAGGGCCAAGUCUUGCGAGGCUGCAGCCCCAACUCCUGUGCAUGAUAACCAUACAAAAGCAACACCGAAAAAACCCCAGUACAAGGAGCAAGAGGUGGAACACAGAGGAGAACAUCUGACCCAAACAGACGGGAGAAAACAAGAGAGAAAACAGGAGAGACAGAAGGACAAACAACAAGGGAAGCAGGAGAGAAAGCAAGACAGGAGGCUGGCGGAGGAGCAGCUACUGAGACGUCCCUGGAUCCAGAGUUCAGCAGAAGAAGAGGAGGAGGAAGAGGAGGAGGAGGAGAAGGAGGAAGAAGUGAUCGAGAGGCAGAGGAAGAGAGAGGAGACAUCAAGAGGGGAAAAUAGUCGGAGGAGGGAGCAGCAACAUAGACGCGAAUGGCAAACCAGACCAAAACCGAGACAACGCCUUCAGGACGAGUCACACCAGCAGGGGAGGACAAAAAAGUUAGGCAGGAGUGAGGAAGAGAAGCAAGACCCUUCACCUCCUUCACCACGCUCCUCUACUCCUCGCAUACCGUCCUCCUCGUCCUCUGCCUCCUCCUCUUCGGAUUCAGAUUCAGAACCUGAGUGUCGGGCUCCGAUCACCAAAGUUCCAGCAGACUCUACCUCCCACAAGAGACCCGAUCCGAAGAGAGGCACGUCUGACGCCAGCGGGUCGAAGGUGGUGCACCCCAGAGGAUCCACUUCGGGCAAUCCGAGCGAGGGGAAGCAAAAACUCUACACCUUGGUCCCGUUCGGGCGAGCUGAAAAAGCUACGGCACCUGCCCAGCGGGGGCUUAGAAACCUGGUGGUGCAGAUAGACCUCUGUCUCCUCAAAAGGGUCCCGGACAGCACUACUGGCCCUGUUGUUAAAAAGGCCCCCUGUUCCUCCUCUUCUUCAUCCACCAAGGACAAGCAAAGAGAGGCUAUGAAACACCUGUACGUCCCAGAGACUGCGACGAAAGACGGCAAAAGGAAACGCAAGUUGGAGAAUGGUGUGUCACACAAAGAGAGCAAGAGGAGUGUUCCUCACACGAAUGACCUCUCAGGCCGCACAGAGUCUUCAGCUCACACGGCUGAGCACAGCUUUGUGACUGAGACUACGCACAACGGGUACUUGGAGGAGUACUUGGACAGCAAGAGGCCGUUGUCACCCCUCUCUCCACUGUCCGUCAGCUCCGAGUCCGCCAAGCCUCCCUCCAAAACCAAGACUGUAGAGCAGCCCCAUGUCCACAAGAACAGAGACAAGAAAAGCGAUUCUGCUAUAAAGCCCAAGAUGGAGGUGGAAUGCGUAAAAGUGUCCAAACAGCCCCACCCACCAUCCGAGUCCUGGGGUCCUGCAGGGCACCGGGGGACUGUGCCAAACCACGAAACUCCUCACCAUGCCGAGUACUACUUACAUGAAGCAAAAAGGAUGAAGCACCGCGCUGAUGCGAUGGUGGACAAGCUCGGGAAGGCUGUGAAUUACAUGGACGCUGCUCUCUCCUUCAUGGAAUGUGGGAAAGCGAUGGAGGAAGGGCCACUAGAGGCAAAGUCUCCUUACACCAUGUACUCAGAGACGGUGGAGCUCAUUAGGUAUGCAAUGAGGCUGAAGAGCCACUCCGGCCCCGGGGCGAGACAGGAAGACAAACAGCUGGCGGUUCUGUGUUUCCGAUGCCUUGCCCUCCUUUACUGGCAAAUGUUUCGUUUAAAGAAGGACCACGCACUGAAAUACUCCAAAGUUCUGCUGGACUACUUCAAGAGUUCUCCCAAAGUGCCUUCUACACCACCCUGCUGGAGCGACUCUGGGAAGGGAGCAGGAGGACUUCCUUCUUCACUCUCACCCAAUGCCAAACACCCCAGACAGGGUUCACACGGGGGCAGCAACAACUUACCCUCUCUCAUAAGCAUUCCCCAACGCAUCCACCAGAUGGCUGCAAAUCACCUGAACAUUACCAACAGUGUCCUGUACAGCUACGAGUACUGGGAGGUGGCAGACAACCUCGCAAAGGAGAACAAAGAGUUCUUCAACUACUUGAAUACUUUGUCUGGACCUUUGACUCUUCACAGUAGCAUCGCUCACGCAGUCCAAUACACCAGACAGGCCCUUCAGUGGAUACGCAUCAGUGCCAAACUUAACUAACGAGGGGAGGAUUUACUAAAACUCUGGAUCUCUAUGCAGCUGACAGGACAGCACUGAUGGAGUCUGCUCAUCCUCAUAGGAUGUCCGAGUCUUAUUACUGUGUGCAAAGUCUUCUGAAGGAACAAUGUUUCAACUUCUCACGGAUGCACCUUCUUCUUCUUCCUCGUUGUUGUUGGAUUAGAAGAGUUUCGUGUGCUAUGGACUUCUCUAAUCAUUUGCCAAAUGUUCUACGGUGACAGACACUUUGUACUCAAGUUGUAUGUGCAAUUUCAUGUGUGAAGUGUUUUUCAUACUUUGGAAUUAAUCGUUUUUCUCCGAGGCCAGAAACAGGAGAGGACUCUUAAAAACCACUCUCUCCAAAGUCUGCCCGCGUCUUUUUCUAAUGAAGGUUUUAAUGACUCUUAUUUUUUAAUAUAUUCACUUGUUUGUGUUUUUACUGUGCAAUAUUUGAUGAUCUGUUUUUAGAAAAAAAAACAAAAAUACAAGAGAUCAGGUUCCCUUUGA